AUGCCAAGCUUUAUUAUUACCAUCAUCGCCAUAGCCAUACUCAGUGUCAUCGCGAUCCUACUUACGGCAUACGCAGGGCGAAGCAGAUCUGAGGUUGAAGCUCUGGCCAGGGACUGCGCAACUUUGCCGGAGUGGGUGGACAGAGACUUCGAGAAGGCUCUCCUGCCCCCAGCCCUACAGGUAGGUGAGAUGCUUCUGCAGUCGGGUGAACAGGAGAAAACGUCGGAGGACUACUCAUGGGCCUUCGGCCCUGCCGUUGCGGAGGAUGUCGGACCUGAUCGAAUUGCGCAGUCCGGACCCCCCCGCCCUGCUGUGGAGCUGGCUAUCUAUCAGGGCGCCGUGCAGCAGACGCUCGAGACCGGCGAGUGGCGAGGUCGCUACAGGCGGUUGCCUCAUGGAUGCUCGCAGCUCUUGGAAGGCUUGGUGUGCAAAGUUCUGAUUGCUGCCGACGCAGAUGUGGAGGCGGUUGACAAGGCCGAUAAAACCCCGCUGGCCUAUGCAGCAUCUCGCGGACACCGUGAAAUCGCCAAAUUGCUGCUUGACCAUGGGGCCGAGAUUGAGGAGAUUGAGCUCCUCCAUCAGACAGUCACACUUGCCGUGCUAGGCUUGCACACGGCCACCGUUGCCUUCGCCAGGGAGGAGUUGGAGGAGGCACAGCUUGCCUUAAUGGCCCGUGCUUGCUUGGCAGUUGUGAUCGCAUCCAGUGGCCUGGCUCUUGGGCUGGGCGAGACCUGUGUGGAGGAGCACAGCCUGAUGCAGCAGAAGUUGAAGGAAGCGGAAGCUCCCAAAGCUCCCAUCUCCUUCUUGCAAACCUGGCAGCUCACUAACGGCCAUUCCGCAUCCCACAGUUCCCACAGCCCGGAGAGCCUUGGGCAGCUCACGGAAGGACUCAAGAAGAUGGCGAAGAGCCGGAAGGAAGGCUCAAAGAUGGAUGAGUCCUCCUCAGGUGCCUUGGACGGGAUCCAAAGGCAGAUGGCCAGGAUCAAGAAUGACACCCUGGAUGACCACAACACAGCCAUCCAGCAGCUCAACACCCUCUACGAAGCCAUAAUCAGCUGCAAGGCCCCCUCGUCUUCAAAGCCACAGAGUGCCAAGGACAAGCUCGUAGCCCAGCACGACACCUGCAGAGUCGAGGAGGCCGCGGCCCGUGGAAUGCGAGAAGUUGCGCGGGUGGAGUAUGAGGCUCUCACAUCGCCCCCGCAGCCCUGCUUCGCGCAGUUCAACGACGGGAGUCUGGGGACCUUGCAACAUCACGACGUGAUGAUGGACUGCGCAGAGAAAAUUCGAUCUUGGGCCAACACUCUCCGGCAAUCGGGUCCCAAGAAGAAGUCGAACUACGAAAAAGCCGAUGUGAGGUACCUACAGAAACAGGUCAAGUGCAACAGCCUUCAGCGUCAGUUCGAGAGCAGCUUCUGCGCGUUGCAGACGAGCGUCGGGGACGGGUGUGAAAGUCUGCAGAACUGCUUCUCUGCGACCCUCAGCAGCUGGGAGAGCUUCAAGCCCGACUUCCAGACCAUGGGGGCCUCGCGCAAGGCGACUUUUGUGGCGGCCGAGAAAGUGAUUUGUUUGGCUACGGCCAUGAUGCAGACGCAGGUGCUGGACGAUGACAUCGCGCAAUGCGACAACCUGAAUGUGGACACAUCCUCCUUGGACAUGCCCCCCUUCCGCAAUGCACCGGUGCAGCCCGGAUGUGAUUUCUCCUCGGUGACUCCGGCGCCCUGCGACAGCGGCUUCGUAACUCAGUACUACACCUCUCAGGGAGCCGGUGGCGACGAGAUAUCCAUUGCGACCCGCAGCGCCCAGCUUGCCAAGCAUCGGGCCGCCUUAGCAGCAGAAGUGGUAAGCUGCCACUUGCUGCCGCCGUUGGCGCGAGCUGCCGAUCAGUUCGAUUUGCAGCCGCAGCUGGCACAUUUCCUGGCAUCCAUUCUUCAGGCGGAGCUCAUCGAGGAGCGCCCAGCUUGGGCCGAGAGCCCUGGGUUGGGGGCCGAGAUCGAGGCUGCCUUGGAUGCCGCACGUGGUGCGGCCGCCUCACUCGCCGAGGUUCUCGGUGAUGUUUGGCCAAGCUUCGUGGGAGCGCAGGUGCAGCCUGGACCAUCCCUCCGCGGCUUCCUCCACAAUGCCGCAGACAUCGCUUUCGCAUCGGACGUGGCGCUGGCGAUGGCCGGAGGUGAGAUAUGGGAGUCUGUCCUGCAGCUGCUCGAUGCAUCGAUUCAGACCUUGCAGAGCUCCGCUGGUGAUGAACAGGCGUCUUGGGCAGCCCUGGUCGCCGCGGCUGCAAAUGCAUUGAUCCUUCCCGGAGAGUCGGCUGCUGCCAACCUGGAAGCCGCCCUUGGCGGCCUGGGCGCCACCCGCGAGGUAGCCCGGCUGCUGCGCACCUGGCCUCGGCCCAUCCGCCUCGACGCGAAGCAGCGAUGGAUGCAAUUCUUGGAGCCCUGUGCGCCACCGGUCCCGCCUCUGCCACCAGCGCCGGCGCGCGCCGCUGCAGGCUCGUCUGCUUCUGCACUGCAGAGUGGAGGCUUGCGCCAGAUGCUGCAAGACGCUCCGCGUGAGUUGCGCUGUGCGCUGGAUGGGAGGCUGAUGAUGGAUCCGGUGAGGGCCCCGAUCGGCUUCUUGUACGAGCGAAGUGUACUUGCCGAGCACCUGGCCCGAAGCGGUGGCUUGUGCCCACUGACAGGGAAAGCGCUUACCCUGGAGAGUUGCCCUCGCGACGCAGAGACGCGACGCAAGGUGCAGCGAUGGAUUCGUGAGCACAAGGCUUCCACGGCGCCCUCACGGCGUCGUGUCAAGUUGUCGAAGCCAGCGGCGCAGGAAGACACAGCGCCCAACUACAGCACCUUCUUCGGCGAGUAG